UUAUAAUAGUGAAGUAUGGCUUUGUUGCACCUUAAAUACAACAUGUCUUUUCUGUUUUUGUUCUCAUUUCUGUUUCCUGUCUCUGUUACUUUAUUGAGCAACAAUCCAAAUAUAUCAUCAACAAUUGCAGCCUCAAAACAUUUGAUACAAACUUACCCGACAGACACAGUUACAUCAUCACCACAGAAUCACCCGCCUCAACUAGGCUAUGCAACAGAAUAGAAACAGGAAGCAAUAUCGACAGCCUGAUUUCUUUUUAUGUGGCUGUCAUAUUUCAUUUGAACCAUUAGACUUCCGUUGUUGCAAUUGCCUGAAGUUAAUACAGAAUCGUCGUGAAAAGCCUAAAGUAUAGCCUAACAUCAGCUGUUGUUUUGUCUCUCUUUUCAUUUUGAUAAAUAAUUUACGUGCUUAAGAUGACUUCCAUCUACAAAGACAAUGAUCAACAUUCUUUGGAGCUUGUGGAAGGUCUUGGUCAAGAUAACAGUCAAGAGGAGUUGGACUUUUCUUACCUGUUUUUGUACAACCCAUCUGACGACUUUCGCGUGAUUGAAGCAGACAACUCAGGGGUUCCCCCUCGCGGAGAUCACAACCCCUCAUCUGUGGUGAACUACCCUUGUGACGGAAGCUCCAGUAACGCCCCUACAACCUCCAGCCAGUCCUCUUACCACCAUGGGCCUGUCCCUGACAGCCUGUCUGGGCCUGGGUUUAACUCACUGGAUCUCCCCUCCAGGCCAAGGGGUGCUCCCUCUCCCAGCCCCAGGAUUGAGAUCACCCCAUCAGGGGACCCUCACCAGACUCAUCCCCUGGACGCCAGCCCCAGAACCACGGCCCUGACUGUGCCUGGCUAUGAGAACACGGCCUACCGAGAGCCCCAGAGCCCUGCCAGCAGCAACUCCUCCACGGGUUGGCUGUCUGAGGCCUACUCGCCCUGGAUCUCGCCUUGUGUAUCUCCCAGUGGUGGUGGGGGCAUGGUUGGCUUGACCGCCUUGGACCUCCUCCCUGGCCUCCAGGGCAUCCAUACGUCCUCGGCCCACUCCUCCCCUGGGACCUCCCCGCGAACCAGCAUCACAGAGGAGACUUUCCUGGUACCGCAGAGUCAGCGGUCUUCCUCGCCACACUCCAACGAUUACCCCCGCUCUCGCUCCGCCUCUCCUCAGGGAAAACGCACCUACGACCAGUACAGCGGCCCCAAUCUGGGGACCACCAGCCAGCAGCAGCGCUCCCGGAGCCCAAGCCCCAGCCCCUCGCCUCACCACCCCCAAGGACGACCCUUGGCCCAAGCUGACCCACAGGGCAAUGCCCCUCAGCAGAUGCCCAGCGUUGAAGAGGUGUUGAGCAGCCUCAACUCCAGCCUCAGCUCCAGCAUGUCCAGGGCGGUCCCCUCCAAGAUGGUGCGGCCCAGUGUUGAGUGCUAUACGUAUGGAGAGAGCCAGGGGGAGCAUGGGCGGAGAGGCAGAGCUGGGGCUGAGACCUUCUACAUCCUCCCUACAUCUUUCUGGCCGGCUUCACUAGCCCAUGGAGCCUUCAGUGGCAUCCCUGUGCCAUCUAUGCCCCCUCUAGAGUGGCACUUGCCCAGUCACUCCGACCAGUAUGAGCUCUGUUUGGAGCAGCAGCCUAAACAGCACCACCGGGCCCACUACGAGACAGAGGGCAGCAGGGGAGCAGUCAAAGCGGCCAGUGGAGGUCACACUGUGGUUCAGCUUCAUGGGUAUAGAGGCACUGCUCCACUGGGUCUGCUGGUGUUCAUCGGAACGGCUGACGAGAGGGUCCUCAAACCCCAUGCCUUCUACCAGGUGCACCGCAUCACUGGGAAAACGGUCACCACACCAAGCCAAGAGAGAAAGGUCCAUGGCACCAAGGUCCUGGAGAUCCCUCUGGAGCCCAAGAACAACAUGAGAGCAGUGAUUGACUGUGCUGGGAUACUAAAGCUGAGAAAUGCUGACAUCGAGCUCAGGACAGGCGAGACAGACAUGGGACGCAAAAACACCUGUGUCCGCCUUGUCUUUCGUGUCCAUAUUCCUCAACCAGGAGGACAGUAUGUCUCUCUUCAAGUGGCCUCCCUUCCCAUCGAGUGUUCCCAGAGGUCGGCCCACGAGCUUCCCACUGUAGAGCGCCAGGACGUGGAGCGCUGCUCGGUUCUAGGGGGACAGCAGGUGAUACUGACAGGACAGAACUUCACCUCUGAUUCCAAGGUGGUGUUCACAGAAAAGACACCUGACGGGGUGCAAAUCUGGGAAGCAGAAGCUACAGUAGACCGAGACAAGAGCCAGAAAAGCAUGCUGUUUGUGGAGAUCCCUCCGUAUCGAGAUCCCACCAUUCAUCACGCAGCUAAAGUCAACUUCUAUGUGAUCAACGGGAGGAGAAAACGCAGUCAGGCGCAGCACUUCACCUACACUCCUUUAACCGUUCCCGCCAUUAAAACGGAACCCGUAGAUGACUUCCAGUUUGGCCAGCUGGGCUGCGCUGUCUCCCAAAUCCUAGGAAUGUCAUCCAAGUCCUACCACCACACCCCCAGUAGCCAUCUCAACCCUAAUAGCCACAUAGUGGCUGGCAUGACAUCCUUGGCAACCUGCCAGCGUGCAAGCCAUCACGAUCCCAAUGCCUAUCAACCACAGGACCCAUCUGUCUGUUACCCCAGUAAAAGCCGAAGCCUGGGUAGCACCCCUGUCCUGUAUCAAGAUAUGAACCACCACCCAGUGAUGAUACACAGUGGUUCCCCAUCUCAGAUGUCCUAUACCCAGCAUUACUCCAGCCAAGUGUCCCAACCCUUCCACCCCUCCCGCUCGGCCACCAAUCAGCGAGUUGUCAACGUAGCUGUCCCAUUGGCCCAACACCAGCACGCCACGAUGGUGGGUGAUGGGUACCGGGCUGCAGCUUCAUUAUGGAAGGUUGGUGACUCGCCAGAGGCCUGUUCCUCAGAAGGCCAGUACCAGGGCUUCAUGCACACGGUGGUGCCUGUCUUGAGCAGGUCUCCACCGCGACACAGCCACAUCCUGACCCAGAGAGGUCCAGCCGCUACAGGGAGCCAGAGUGGGCCAGUCCCUGGGAAAGUGACAGCGAAGCAAGAAAACCUGAACCAAGCCUAUCUGGAUGAUGUGAAUGACAUCAUAAGGAAUGAUCUGACUGUCCGCAGUAACGAGCAGUAAAGAGCAUCUAUAUUGUGACCAACAAUCACACAGGCUCCAGAAAUGCCAUGACGUCAUUCUACUGUCUGAUUGCCCCCCUUCAUAUGUACUGUAUAUAGGGUGUUAUUUAAGUCGAAAUCGCAUCUUUUGACAAAUGGGUAGAAUAUUAUGUUAAUUGUGUAGAUAAUCCUCUAAGAAAACAAAUGGUCCAAACUUCAUGUUUUUAUCAUAAUUUGUUCACAAGUUAUUGGAGUUUUUACCCUUGAAGGAUGGUCAGAAUUACGGUGACUAAAUCAAUGGAUGCCAGAGAAAAACAUCUCAAAAGUUAUAAAUUUAGGAAAAUUGCAUUGGAUCAGCUAGGUUGGACUCUGGGCUACCGGCUACCUGACAGGCUCACUUUCCCAUUGGGACAAAAAAAAACAAUUUAGAGGUAAGAUGGAUAUCGAUUUUGAGAAGACAUAUUGUAUUUUCAUAUUUUAGUAUAUGCUUUUCAGAUUCAUUUGAAUUUAAUAUUAUUUUUUGAAGAUUUCACUGAGCGUGUACCAGGAGCCGUGAGUGUGUAAAAUCUCUGAGCAAACCAAGAAAGUAAAAAAGUCAUAUUACAACCUACGUUUUGAUAAUUGCGUUGUUUGCUCUAUAACCCAUUCGUUCAUACGCCACCGUGAUAUACAAUAAGGCCUUGACAACAAAAAGACAACAGUCACACAGUGGUGGAAUAAAUUAAACUACACAUAAGUUUGUUUCAUCACAAAACCGGAGAGCAACAUCUGUCUAGUGAAGUCCACAAAGAAAAUAUUGCAUGCAACAAACAGUUAUAAACAGUUAUAUCACCUGCAGCAUAGUCAAGCAAGUUAAUGUUUUCUACUGAUUUAGAACCACAGAGUUACCACAAGUCAGCACAAAGACAAAAAGAGCCCUGCCUCUGCUAUUUCAGCACCAUUUCAACUUAAACAUUUAAACAUCAUCAAAUCAACAAGGCUAUAUACAGUAUGCUUAGUUUAAUACACUGAAAACAAACUUAAAGAUACCAAAAACGAUUUAGUCCAAUCAAUGUUGCUAAAUAUCAUGUCCAUGGUAUUGAUUUCUGUCAGUCUGUGUAUAUGUAUGUGUGUGUGCGCAUGCAAGUAAAACAAAAAAUGUGGACUCCCCCUACUGGUAGACUAGUUGAACGCCAAUGCCAUCCUCCUCGCUUUCAUGUUGGCACAACGGUCUAGGGCUCUGCCAUACAGUACACUUUUAGUUUUGUUGUCAUAGGCUACCUAGCUAAAAUGCUUGCUAGCCUAACUUCCUCGCAUGGGCAACAAUGAAACAGCUAAGUUAGCUCGCUAGUUAAUGUGAGCCUACUAGACUACAUCUAGGCUACAUAUUGAACUUCAAUCAUCUCAGGCCAGUGGUACAACAUAUUUAUUUAUGGUUAGAUCAGAAUCGCUGUCAUUGGCAUGUACAGAGAAUUAAGUCAAAACCACAAGUCUAAAUCCACAUCUCCAUCCAUGGCUUAGGAAAGGGCCAAUUUAGCAAGCUAGUUACUGCAGUACAUCAACACAAGCAAUCCAGAAGAUCUCAUUUGAUUGGUGUGAAGCCAAAUCUAAACUGGCCUCCCUUGGCGGGUGUUUUGCUGCACCAGGACAACCCACAGUUGAGCUUAGCUCAACGAUGAUUGGCUAAUUAUUACAUGUUUUAAUCAAGGGAGGCCAAAUGCUUGCUGGUAUCAAUUAAUCAAUUGCUACAGCGUCUACAUGCUAUACUCUUUUGUUCCAGACAGCAUCAGAUACAUGGGCGAUACAUACUGAGACAGAGGGGGCGCUGUUUCCCUCACUCAGAUGAGAUUUCUCCGGUGAGAUUCAGCCACUUGCGAAUUGAAGGAAAAUUAUGAAAACACAGAGAGAAGAAAGAUGUAUUGGUCAAAUAUUUGGGGAAGCCUGGCUUCCCUUGGCAUUCAUGAAUACACGCCACUGAGCGUAUACCAAACAUUUUAUAUUCAAAGCCUUUUAACAUUUAAUUCAGUUUGUGUCAUGCUAAUUUAGAUUUUUGUGACCCGCGGAAACAACUUUAAAGAUGAUGACCACAAAAUGUAAAAUCCUCAAAAGUUGUUAAAAGAAACCUGCACGGCUAUGCCAACAUAGCUCGGUGCUCAUUAUCGAAUGUAUUACGUAGAAAUCCAACUUUUUUGAUAUAAUGCUAAGGGUAUGUUACAUUUCAUCACCAAAGAGCCAAAGUGCGUUUUCACCAACAUCAUACUGUAUAUACUGUAUUGUGGAUGCAGAUGAUACCCAGUUAGGGGCAUGCAGUGCCAGAUUUCAAUAAGUGUGUUGACCAUGGGCUACCUUUUAAACAGUUUUAUUAUUUUAUCAUGUGUAAUCAUGUAUGUGGCCUCAAUGUAAGCUUUUGUAAUUGUAAAUAAAAACAACUUCAUGAAAAUGUCUGUAAUUACUAAGACAAUUAUGAAAAAAACUGAUUGAUGAUUGAGGAACAUAUUUUUUCUGUCAUGAUGUUGGCAAUUUCAUUAUUUUUUUAUUUUAUUAUUUUAUUUAGUCUGCCUGUCAUUAAAAUAUAUAUUU